ACAAUAUCUUUCUAUCAGCCAUAGAUAUAGACUAAUGGUGUAGAUUGUAUUUGCUGUUGUUGCGUGAUGCUUACUGUCUAAUGGUGAUUGUCGUCAUAGUGUGAAAACUAUUAGGAGAAAUUACGUGUUUUGAGUUAUAGUGUCAUUGUAUUUUCCUGUAAACCUUUUUCAAAUCAGGAAUAUGGCAAGUACGACAUCUUUUGCUUAUUACCUGACAGUGACAAUACUUUUAUUAUGCGCUGGUUUGCAUGUUGCGGAACCAGUACCGUCGGAACGUAGUUACGUGUUGUCAGAAGAAUUUAUCAAUUAUAUAAAUUCACUCAACACAACAUGGAAGGCUGGGCAGAAUUUCAUGGAGGAUAUUCCUCUCACGUACAUCAUUCGGCUUAUGGGAGUUCACCGUGAUGCACAUUUGUUUCGUCUGCCAACAAAAAAUGAUGAACUGACUAAUACAGAAAUUCCAGAGGAGUUUGAUGCCAGGGAACAAUGGCCGAAUUGUCCAACUAUAAAGGAGAUACGUGACCAAGGAUCAUGUGGCUCUUGUUGGGCAUUUGGUGCAGUUGAAGCCAUGUCAGAUAGAGUUUGCAUCCAUUCAAAUGGCACAGUCAACUUCCACUUUUCAGCAGAGGAUCUUGUUUCAUGCUGUCACUCUUGUGGGUUUGGCUGCAAUGGAGGCUUCCCUGGUGCAGCAUGGAGUUACUGGGUAAAAAAAGGAAUUGUCAGUGGAGGAUCAUAUAAUUCAAAUCAGGGAUGCCAACCAUAUGUCAUUGCUCCAUGUGAACAUCAUGUUAAUGGCUCUCGAAUUCCAUGCAAAGAGGGACAUGGUACUCCACACUGUGAGAAACAAUGUGAGAAAAGUUAUGAUGUGUCAUACAAGAAGGACAAACACUUUGGUAGUCAUGCCUACAGCAUUGAAAAUGAUGUUAAGAAAAUUCAACAGGAGAUCCUGAUUAAUGGCCCUGUUGAAGGUGCAUUCACUGUAUUUGAAGAUUUUGUACAAUACAAAUCAGGUGUUUACCAGCAUGUAACUGGUUCUGUUCUUGGAGGUCAUGCCAUUAGGAUCCUGGGUUGGGGUGUAGAAAAUGGUACCCCGUACUGGUUUGUUGCCAACUCCUGGAAUUCUGAUUGGGGUGAAAAUGGAUAUUUCCGUAUCCUGCGAGGGAAAGAUGAGUGUGGUAUUGAAUCUUCCAUUUCAGCUGGUUUGCCAUUAGUUUAAAAGAAACAUUUCAUUAUGUGGUCUUGUAUGGCAAGCCUUUGAUGGAAUUAUGGCUUGUUAUAAUUCAGAUACUACUUUGGCUUAUUUUUAAACAAAUUAUGUAGGAAGGAAAGCAAUAUUUUUAGUUUUCUUUAUGUUUGCCUCACAGAUUAAAAACUUUGCUGAAUUGUGAUUGAAGCAGUUAUGUUCGAAGUGAGGAAGUGGUAUAAUUUGUGUACUGAUACCAGGGUUGUUAAUUAAGUAAAAUAAUUAUUAAAAGAAUACCAAACAUACUAUUUGAAAUCAGAAGCAAGAAAAGUUGGUGUUGCAAAGAAAUCAUUGCUUAAAUGUAAAAUGAUAACUAUGAAGUAUAUGCAAAGAAAAUAACAGUAUCAACAAAUCUUGAUAUAUGAAGCUAAAUCUGGCAACACAAGGUUUGUUGUGUGUCAAAAAUUUGUAGAAAGCAAAGUACAAAGAAUUUAUUCAGUUCACUAUGACAGCUUUAAUAUGAAACAUGGUAUCAGGACCCACAUUAUCACAUCAUUUACAUUUGUAUUCUAUGACAUCUCUUUUGGCCUAAUGCUCCAAGAAAUUUAAUGUGUUACAGCUGGCAGCUAGUAGCGAAACUCAUUAUAGACUGAAGACGGUCAAGACACUGUAUGUGGGAAAUAAUAUUUUCUGUUAUGAUGUACUAGUUUAAGAUAUUCAAUGUUAUGAUACUGGAAUACUAAAUAUUCCUAUUCACAAAUAGUUGUUGUCUUGAGUAUAUUUAAAAUAAUAUAACUAGGAAACACUACAGUAAAGAAAAUAUUCUUGAUUGCUAGGGGUAUUAAAAAUAACUUCAGCGUACCCAAAAAAAAUUCAGCAGUAACACUAAAUGGCUGUCACACUGAUAAGGUAUUUACUUGGUUUUGAUAGUUGGCAUGUUGAUAUUUUUACUUAAAAAUGCAUAUUUCUAUUGAGGCAUUCACAGAAUAAAAACUGUAUAAUGUGAAACUAUCUGCACUGUGAUGUGUGACAUAUGUAUAUAUUUAUUGGAAAUAGAGAUGUAUAUAUAUGCCGUAA